UGCGCUGCCACCGCCAUCAGUGUAUGUGUGAAUUACUGCAAGUCGCUUUCGACAAAGAAGCAUUUCUGCUAAAUGCUCGGAAUGUAAAUAGCCUUGCAACAAAACUAGGAGAAGUGAAGGCUGCAAACAGAUGUUUAUAAUGUCAUUGCACAUGAUAUCUAACUUUGGCCCCUGGGACGUUUGAGCCACUGUUGGUACGGUAAUAUGGCAUCCGACGAAACUCAAUUCUCGCUCCUGUCCCAUUUCAGUCGUGCCCAGUCUGAAUUUACGGUCAUUACGGUAAUCCUGACAGCGGCUCCGGGUACGUCCACGGUGUCAGCUGAUCCUCCUCUACUGGCGAGUGAGGAGGAAAAUCAGCUGAAGGAAAACACUGCUGCCUAGUCAAAACCAUGGCUGCGGAGAUUCAUUCGAGGCCCCAAACGGCUCGACCGAUCCUUCUGAACAAGAUCGAGGGCCACUCAGACACUGUCAACAAGGCCGUCCUGAUACCAAAAGAAGAUGGAGUGAUCACGGUCAGCGAGGACAGAACCAUCCGAGUUUGGCUGAAAAGAGACAGCGGUCAGUACUGGCCAAGCAUCUACCACACAGUGUCCUCUCCCUGCUCUUGCAUGUCGUACCACCAUGACAGCAGACGCAUCUUCAUAGGCCAGGACAAUGGAGCUGUUGUGGAGUUUCUCAUCUCUGAAGACUUCAACAAGAUGAACCACGUCAAAACAUAUCCAGCCCACCAAAACCGCGUGUCGGAUAUGGUGUUCUCCCUGGAGAGCGAGUGGGUGGUGAGCACCGGCCACGACAAGAGUGUGAGCUGGAUGUGCACCCAGAGUGGCAGCAUGCUGGGGAGACACUACUUCACCGCCUGGGCCUCCUGCCUACAAUACGAUCAUGAGACGCAGCAUGCCUUUGUCGGCGAUUACUCGGGGCAGAUCACGCUGCUGAAGCUGGAGAGGCAGACGUAUUCCACCAUCACCACGCUGAAGGGCCAUGAAGGCAGUAUAGGGACCCUGUGGUGGGAUCCUGUCCAGAGGCUGCUUUUCUCAGGGGCCUCUGACCACAGCGUCAUCAUGUGGGACAUUGGGGGCCGCAAAGGACGAACGCUACUGUUGCAGGGACACCACGAGCGUGUUCAGGCCUUGCGGUACCUCCAGCUGACCAGGCAGUUGUUGUCGUGCUCGGCUGACGGAGGCAUUGCAGUGUGGAACAUGGACGCACAGAGAGAAGAGGCGCCCCAGUGGUUAGACAGCGACUCCUGUCAGAAGUGUGAGCAGCCUUUCUUUUGGAACAUCAAGCAGAUGUGGGACACUAAGACCCUGGGCCUCAGACAGCACCACUGCAGGAAGUGUGGCCAGGCUGUUUGUGGAAAAUGUAGUUCUAAACGCUCCACAUACCCAAUCAUGGGCUUUGAGUUUCCUGUGCGGGUGUGUGACGCCUGCUUUGAUACCAUCAAAGAAGAAGAUCGAACAGCAUUGGCCACGUUCCACGAGGGGAAACACAACAUUGCCCACAUGGACAUGGACCCAUCCAGAGGCCUGAUGGUCACUUGUGGAAGCGACCGCAUUGUUAAGAUCUGGGAUAUGACGCAGGUGGUUGGCUGUAGCUUAGCAACAGGCUUCUCUUCGCGCUGAUUGGCCUAGGCCACCACAUGCUCCGCCCACUCUUCCAGUGUCAUGGAAACCCAUCUGUACAGUGUAUCUCUUCAUCAUUCCUGGGAUCUUCAGCUGAAACCAGGCCUGCCCUUGUUGAAUGUGUGAGUGCACGAGUGUGUGUGUGCGUGUGUGUGUGUGUGCGUGUGUGUUGUUACUGCUGACCUCCACAUUUCUUUUGCUUCUCAUAAAAAAUUCAUCUUUAAUUCUGCCAACUGUCAGUCCUCCAUCAAGGUGUGUGUGACUGCUUCCUGACUUUUUGCUCUGAUCCGAAACAGAACCCUAAGCACAAUGGUGUGUGUGUACAUGUGUGCAUGUAUCGUAAUGAUUCCUCCUAUGGGAGGAAUGGUAUUGAUAUUAGUGUUUACAUUAUAUAAAUACUUCCGAUGCUUCUUUUGACAAAGGUCAUUUUUUAAUUACCUUCGCACUGAAAAGAUUUCACUAUAUAUCGCUGACCUGCCAUCCCUGUAUAGACAUACACUAGCUUGAUUAUUACUGUGGCCCACUAACUGCAUAUUACUCAGUCACUGAAACAUGUAUAUACCCCAGCAUCAUGUGUAUAGUAGAUAGUUGCUUGAAUUAACUCUCACUGAUCGAAGUGAUCAGCUUUGUUCCUCGUUUUCGCAAUUUUUUUCUUUCACUAGUUGGCCUUAAAUCACUCUCAGGAGGUUUUACAUCAGUCGGUUGUCACUGGGCGGGGGCUCUUCAUGUCUGUCGUGGCCAUUAUUGAUGUGUUGUCACUGAGGGGUGGUAAGAAAAUGAAUGGCCUCUUUCUGAACAGAUCCCUUGAUACGCGCAAAGAUGCUGCCAUAGAAAUUUUAAUGUACUCUUCAGAUGUCUGCAUGACGGCGCCGACCCAGCCAGGUGAGGCAUGGGAAAUGGGAAAUUUGAUAUGCCGCCACCGUGACAUGCACGGACAGAGGCGGCAUCAGUCGUCCUGUCACAGCUGUCCUGAGGUGCACCAGCCCUAUUACAGCUCAAGAUUUAAUAAUUGUGACUUAGGAAAUAAUAGCACAGCAUCACAACUUCUUGCAUGUUCAAGGAAAAUUCCACCCGAAAAUGAACGGUCUGUUGUUAUCCACUCACCCCCGUGCUGAGGGGAAAAUCGGGUGAAGUUCUGUAGUCCACAAAACAUUUCUGCAGCUUCACAGCAAAACAGCACUGAAGCAUUAUCCUAAACAACUGAAGGAGAUGGGGACUUGUUUAAAACCUGACCCUGCUGCCCCCACCCAAAUACAUAAAUGAAAAACAAAAUUAAAAUGGCUCCUUUUGUAUGAUGUAUUCCCAGUCCCCAGAGGCUAUGAGAUCUGAAAUGGAUUUGAAUAGACAUUAUUUCACCCUUUUUAAAGCCACCCUUUUUUAGUGUGCAGCCUGUCUGAAGCUGGUGCGCGAGAGGGCGUAAAUAACGUCUUUUCAAAUCAGUUUGAGAUCUCAGGGCUUCCGGAGACCUGGAUUAAGCUGGGUGAGCAGUAUAGAUCCAUUUCACAUUUUUUUCUGUUAUUCAGGAGAAAACUACAAAGCUGUUCUGCUGUGAAGUUCCAGAAAUGUUUUGUGGACUCCAAAACUGGGCAUUGACAUGGGUGGGAGUCAGUAAUGACUAAAUUUUCUUUGGUGGGUGAACAUUUAAAUGUGUAGGUAGAUGCCACAUGGCAUUGAUGGUGGAAACCCAAGAUUCUGAUACCUCAAGAGAAUUGCUUUUCAGCUCUUAAUUUGAAAAACUAGAAAUAUUUGUAAGUUCUUUGCGAUGCAAAAUUGGAUCUCCCUCCCAACAUAGAGGCACUUCUCUACUAGACAGUAACUCUGAAGUUAUUAUAGCGCUCAGUGCCGGCUUGUUGAAUCUUCCCCAGCUGAACCACAGGUCAGAUCAGGGCUGCAUGUGUUCCUUCAAAAGCCUUAAAGAGAGGAGGACACGCCCACAAAGCCUUUUCAGUGGUUUAUCAGUGCUCACGACUGUUCACGCACUCACUCAUUCACUCAUGCACUCACCUCAUCAGAUGGAUGUUUGCUCUUCCUUUUCAAACUGUUUUUUACAAAUCCUGUCCUGAGCUGCCCCUUCUUUCCCUACAUGUGUGUUAUCAAGGAUGUCUCAUAACGCUAAACGCAUACCACUGCACUGUAUUGCACAACCCGUGGUCUUUUGUCUUUGAAUUGAACAGAACCUUUUUGUAAGUUCAGAGCUGGGAGCUGGAUUUCGAUGUAGCGUCUUUGUAAAUAGCGGCUCGCAUCUUCUAAUGGUAGACUAACGCUUGCCUUACUGUAAGUGGAAAAAAAAAAGAGCAUUAUAAUGUUGGAAUUCCUGAUCUCAAAAUGUAGUCACAUUCCAGUUUUUUGAUCAUGUAGUGUAUAUUUAUAUUUGUAGUAAAGUAUUUAUCUGUUAUCAUUGUAAGUGGUGGUUUACUUUUCUUUGUGCCCAUGUAGUAGUCUUUAUUUCCUCCUAUUAACAAACUAGAACAUGUUCCGGACUCUGUAAUGAAGCACGUGCAAACUGGGUAAUGUUGAGAGUGACUCCAUUAUUUAACAUCCUGACCUGGACAAAGGAUGACUGAUUAAUCAAGGGACGGCUGUGGUUGUCAUAUGACUGCUGUUCCCCAUCAUUAAGACUCCAUUAUAUUUAGAUGUUUUACAGUUAUACUUGGGGUUAGACUGAAAGCUGGUCAGCUGAUUUAGUUGAAAUGUUCAAUAUAUCUAAAUUUGACCAUUUCUGUCAAUCCGUCGCUUUGAUCAAAGUGCACGCUCUGGGAUAAAACUGCAAAAAUGAUCAGAAAUAAUUACAAAAAAAAAAACACAUUUAAAUUGAAGCUGCAUUACUUGAUUUUUUUUUUCUUUUUCCAGCCAAACAACCUGAAAACACAACACUGUUAUAUCCCUUAUAAAGAAGUAGUCACUUGUGUUCAUGAGUAGAACUCAGCCUUUAUAUAUAUUUUGAUCUACACACCUAAAACAUUAUGUGACUGCAUUCAGAACAAACGUUGAACCUGGCCUUCAUUAUGAUCUAAAGUGCACACGUUUAAAGAUUCAUGACUGCAUGUUUCACAUUUCAAAACUGCCUCUGUUAGCAUGUGCUACAACAGGACCAGGACCACAUUUUGCCAUGAUACCACACACACACACAGACCCACAAGAUGUAAAUAUCCCCAGCCGACGUUGUCAUGGCUUCUUAGACCUCAGAGUACUCAUGGUCGUCGGAUCCCACAGCUCAACAGUCCCUAGUUAAUAUAAAAAGAAAAUAUAUUUUAGCACAGGUCUAAGUUCCAGAUGAGUGGAGCAAUUCUGUAAUCACAAAAUUCAAAAAGAACUGUAAAUGUUGUAGCGAACAUGGUGGCAAACUGCUGCCUAUUUACACAUCUAGCAGACAAGGAAACAAUAUGAGCAUUUAUUUGGAGUAGGUGUAAGUCCGAUAGUCACUCAUUUAAACUCUUUGUUUUGGUCUCCACCACCUCCAGACAAAGAAUUCUGGUUCUGUAGCUGCUAAAUGUUUCAAUGUGUUAACUAGCUACACGCUAAGACACUAACUCUGCUGUUUGGCGCCGGGCAGGUAGCAUACAGUGGCAACAUCAAACCCUUUUGUGCUCAAACCAGCUGCCUGCUGGAAAAUAUGUGUUUGAGAGCAUAACCUACGAGCUGCAAAAUCAAAACAAUGCGCUGAAAGAACCCAAAAUGCUGUAUAGCUCCAAAAUUUGGUGACAAUUCUCUGUGGGUUUGCCCUUUUCACACUGGACAAACACCCAUGAACAGCCACAAACUUCUGGCUUUUGUCUGCAGUGCCAAUGUGCACAAUCAACAUUCACUCCCCUGUCAAAUGACUGCAGUAGUCACAGGUUUUUUUUUUUUAUCUGCCCCAGUUCUGAUUGGCUGAGUGAGAUGUCUCACUCCUUAGCAGCUGUUCCCUGUUUUUCAGGCACAUUUGUGAUGAAGAAUGUGAGACACACAAGCAAAAGUGGGAUCACACCCGCAUCUAAAAACCUGCUAGUUUUGGUUUAAAUGUGAUAUAAGUGACAUAUUUCACAUUAUAUUUUGUAAUUUUCUUCAUGAUUCAUUAAAAAAAUAUUGGUUAGUUUGGUUCUUCACAUGCUUUCAAUACUAAACU